AUGGAGGAAUGCGCAGCUGUCGACAUGCCGUAUCCCGACCCGCGGGACCUCACCAACGCCAGCGUUGGCAGUAGCGUCCGUCCUCGCGCUGCCAUGCGGGACCUGCGGGCCUCUCAGACUCUCACAGUGAACAGGGAGAUGAGUAUCAGCGGGGACGCUCUUCGGGUGUAUCCUGCGGAGGUCGAGUUCAAGGACACGAGCCCGAACGUGCCGCACAUUCUCACCAUGACGAUCAUGAACAAGAGCGAUCAUGUCAAGCGAGUCCGCCUGGUCCCCAUCGCCCCUGGGCUGGAGAUCAGCGUUGACGUCGAGUACCUGUCGCCGCUGGACCAAGACUUCAAGGACGAGAUCCAAGUCCUCUGCGACUCAGACUGCAUUCGCGUCCCCGUCUACGCCAGGAAGGCAGCAGCUGACAUUCGCUUCGAGCAGUACUGCAACUUCGGCUCAGUGUCCCCGGGCUCCCACAACAUCCGGUACGUUGACAUCAUCAACCAUGGAUCCAAGGCUGCAGACUUCGAGUUCGUAGCCGACUCGGACCUCAGCUUCGCCAUAGAGCCAAUGGUUGGCCGCCUGGGACCCGCAGGGACGGAAGACUGCUGCCUGCGCCUGAAAGUCUCGCUGAAAGCCAACGACGUGGCGCUGCUGAGGAACAUCCUCCGACUCAACGUGGACGGUCAACCGCGGGGGCAGAUCCUCGACAUCAACGCACUCGUCACCAAGCACAGCAUCGAGAUCUUGUCGCAGGACGGGACCGGCAAGGUGGACUUCCUUCAGUUCGGCUCCUUGUACUGCGGUGAGCGACGAGACUUCGAGGUCCUCGUCCUCAACGACGGGCCCACCGAGUCGGAGGUGCGGGUGAGCAUCUCGGCUGACACUGAGGACAAGGCGCAAGGCUGGGUCAUCACCCCCAACCAGAUGCUCAUGCAGGCGAGGGAGCAGCGGCUCGUGACCGUCACCUUCUGCCCGCCCCUGGUCACGUACCACAAGGGCUUCAAGACUCAGCUUCUCUCCCUGUCGCACAGGGAGGAGUACGAGGCCAUCGUGACGUUGCAAGGCAAGGGGUCAGGGGACCUGCUCAACUCGAGCCUGAGGGUGCUGGGCCGCUCGUUCCAGCCCUCCGUGUCUCUGUCGCACAACGACCUCUGCUUCCUCGACACCCCCACACACGGGAACCGCGAGCUGACGGCCACCAUCAAGAACGAGCACGACGAGAUGCCCGUCCUCUUCAGCAUCCCGAGGAUCCCGCACUUCAAGUGCCGGCCCUCUGCUGGGACCCUCCUGCCUAUGCAGUCCAUGGAGCUCGUGCUCUCCUUCUCGCCAAACCAGCUCGGUCGACAUCGAGGCGCGUUCGUGAUCUCGUUCAAGGGAACGUCGAAGCAGGUCGUCGAGACGGCAGAGCUGCGGGUGGUUGGGCGGUGCGAUCAAGUCGGGAGCAAGAGGGACAUGGUGGGAGGGCCUCUCGCGACCGACGUCGACUUCGCUCCCAAGUUCCACUUCCAGCACCCCGACGACGCGCACAAGGUGAAAGCGAGCAAGAAGAAGUUCAGCCGGCAGCUCUUCUGGCAGCAGCACCCGCCGGAAUACAACGAGAGGACCGCGCACCUAACUCACGACGCCGAGACCUUCGAGAAGAUCUGGAAGAACCGAGUCAAGUACGCUGACUUCCUCAGCAACGCUCACUCGAAGCGAAUGAAGGUCGAAACCUUCCCUGAGAGCUUCCAGUUCGCUCUCGGCAACCAAGACGCCUCCCCCGACCUCACCGACCCUGACUAUCAGAAGCCCUCCAAGGACAUGGGCAUGUUCGGCCUCCCCAUGGCCGGGAUCCCUUCGCACCUGACGCUACAAGAGCCGCAGCUGAAGAUGCCCAAGGAGGAGGAGGCGCUCUAUCUCAAGAGCUCCACCCUCAAGGGAACCCUCCUCAAGCCCAGGACCCUCGCGUUGAACGAGGAUAGGCUGAUCUCCAAGAAAUUCAAGUCAGCACCGUCCAGCAAGCAGGAGAAACUAGACUGUCAAGUGCACCUGCAACCCCAGGACAUCUUGUGUAUCAGCACCUUCCCUCCCAGCAUGGACUUCGGAUCGAUCUGCAUCCAGGCCGACGUCUCCAAAUCCUUCUUCGUCUCCAACAACACCUCUCGAAACAUCCUCGUGCGCAUCGACACGGACGGCAACAGUGCUCUCAGUCGCUCGAAGCCGACGAGUCAAGUCAUCCCCCCGUCUGCCACCGCUGGCUUCGACAUCACCAUCUACCUUGAGAGCCAGGCCGACAUCAGCACCAAGUUCCGCUACGUCAUCAACGAGCAUCACGCGUACGAGGUUGCGGUGAAGGCAGAGGCUGUUCCCGUCAUGCUGCACGUCUCCAAGACGCGAAUCAACUUCUCCUUCCCCCCCACCAGCAUGGAGCCCGUCAUCACUGAGUCCUUCCACAUGACCAACCCCUCCAACAACGCGGCCCAGUACAAGAUUGAGCAGGGGGAGCACUUCAAGACCUUCCCCUCCGACGGCAUUGUCGAGCCCAUGAGCACAGAAGAGAUCAUGGUGACCUACCGUCCCGGGCAGGAGUGCAAGCACGAGCAGACGCUGAGCAUCUCGGUGACAGGAGGAGCGAUCAUCCCCCUCCUCUGCUCGGGCGAGGUCGAGGAGAGUCACGCGCAGCUGAAGCAGAAGUCCAUCGACAUGGGGGUCGUGUCAGCUGGGCAAGUCUGCACCAGGUCGUUCGCGCUCUCGUGCACGGGAGGGUCGAGUACGGCCUUCUUCAUCGACACCAACGAGAUGAGGGCGCGAGCGCCGGGGCUGACGGUGACGCCGGAGAAGGGGCUGGUGACGCCCGGGACCAACUCGGUGAUCUCAGUGUCAGUCAAGAGCGACAGGAGCGUCAAGAUCGAUGACGUCAUCAUCAUUCAGAUCCGAGGGUCGAAGACGCUGAGGGUGACGGUCAAGGCGGAAGUGAUCCUCCCCCGCGUCGAGAUCAAGGAGGACGAGAUCGACUUCGGGACGGUCUACAUCGGAGCCGUCGCGGUCAGGUCGAUUCAGCUGCAGAACCUGAGCUCCAUCACGGCGAGACUCUUCCUGGACCUGAGAAGAUAUCCGGAGUUCUCCGUUACCCUCCCCGAGGUGUGGGACUACGACACGGUGCUGGCCAAGAGGGACGAGGAGGAAGCAGAAGAGGAAGCAGAAAUCUCGCAGCUGAGACCUGGGGAGCUGACCAACUUCCGCAUCCCCCCCAAGGAUCAAGGGACCCUGACCAUCACGUACGCCCCCACCAAGCUGAGCAAGCACGCGAUCGAGCUCCCCCUGGGGCUUCAGGACAUCUCCUCCUCCACCACCAAGAACCUCAGGCGCGUGCUCUUGGCCGAGGCCAAGAAGCCCCGGCUGUUACUCUCCACCACCUCGCUCGAGUUCUCGAAGCGAGUUGUGGUCAACGCCAACAUGAAGGGCGUAUCCUACGUCAUGACCCUCCAGGUCACUCACUGCGACGACCACCCCUCCUCCAUCCUCGCCUACCUCGACGGCCCGGACGCCAAGGCCGGGAGCUUCAGGAUGGAGCGGGUCGAGGCGCAUCUGGACCAUCGCAAGUCACUGGAGCUGAAAGUUCACUUCGUGCCGACCUCCAACAUCGAGUACGACUGCGAGCUGCUCAUCUUUCUCAACUCCGAGCCCUCCCCCUACUUCUCCGUCCACGUUCACGGCACCGGCACCUUCCCCCGGCUGGAGUUCGACCGGCGGGAGGUGCUCCUGCCAACGACUCCCUGCGGCAUCCCGAGCGAAGUGACGUUCUUCAUCAUCAACCACGGCUACGACAACCUGGACAUCAAGUACAAGCUUCCCGCUGACACAGCCGUUAUCCCCCUCUCCUUCUCCUUCCCCCUCGGCACCAUCACCAGCGUCAUGCGGACGAGGAUACCGGUGCAAGUGUCCUUCACCUACCCCAAGAGCCUCUCGUUCAGCAGCAAGGUCUGCUUCUUCGACGACCACGGCAACGAGUUCAGCAUCCUCAUCGCGGGGAGAACCGACGCUUGCUUCCUCAGCGUCUUCCCCUUCAUCACCCUCCACGGGGCCGACUGCAAGAUCCUCCCCAAGUCCGGCAAGGGGCCGACGGCUGAGGUGUCGGGAACGAAGAUGGCGGUGAUGAGCAAGGAAGGGACGAUCGAGCUGGAGGAGAAGGAGGAGGUCAAGUCGAGGCAGAGGCUGGCAGACCUCAUCCCCAACAACGAGUUCCUCUGCGAGUGCUCCGUGCUGGCCGAGCCCUCCUCCAAGGACCUGCUGGUGAAGUGGAUCAACCUCUCCCUGCUGCGGCAGCCCAUGCAGAGGUUUCCGGAGGAGCUGAUCAAGAGCAAGGGCCGCCAGCUUGUACAGCUGGUGGAGACGUUCACGGGAAAGAGCAUCCUCCCCAAAGACAAGACCUCGCAGGCUCGCAGAACCCCCGCAAACCGCAAGGAGGAGGCGGAGGAGGAGCGCAUGUGGUACGAGGAGUUCCUCGCCUUCCUCAAGACCUCCGGCGCUCUGAUCGACGUCAUCCGACCCGAGUACCUGCUGCACUACGACCUCUUCCAGAAGCUCGUGCUGGACAAGAGCUCGGAGUCGUACUCGGAGGAGCAGCACAAGUACUAUGACAGGUACUACGAGCUGAUCAACACAGGGAGCUGGCUGUUGCUGACCUAUCAAGUGAUCAAGCUCUUCAGCUUCAACCGCAUAACCCCCAGCCUCGUCAGGAGCAUGCCCAUGGUCGACGCCAAGACCAUCAAGCUCUCCUCCCAGCUCACCAGCAACGUUUACAGCAACUCGGAGCUGCUGCUUCUCAGCUGGCUGGCGUAUCACAACGAGCGCAUGGUCCCGACUGAGAAGGCCAACCUCCUCAACUUCGACCUCGACCUGCAUGACGGGCGCGUCAUUGCCUACCUGAUCUCCUCCCACGUCCCCUCCCUCAAGUCCAUGCUCUCCGGCCUCAAGCGCGCUGACGACAGAGCCCAGCAGCUCUCCAACAUCCACAACGUCAGCAGCGCCAUCCGUCACAUCGGGCUUCCCUUCUCCCUCGAGCCCAGUCACUUCGUGGAGGCCCCGGCCCGCGACCUCAUCCUCUUCUGCAUGUACCUCUUCGAGAACCUCCCGGGCUUCGUGCCCAAGGCCCUGGUGGAGUUCGACGGAUGUCUCAACGAGACAGUGACGCGCUCGAUCGAGCUCAAGAACCCCAGCAACAAGCAGCUCGUCUACUCCGUUCACGUCGACGGCUCCUCGGAGUUCGUGUGCGCCAAGAGCGUGAAGAUGCUGCCGGGGAAGAAGACGGUCUUCCCCAUCAGCAUCACCCACAGCUCGAGGAAGACCGCGGAGGGCCAAAUCUACUUCAUCGGCGAGCAGAUGGCGGGGAAUACGACGGGGGCGACGCUAGUGUUCACGUUGCGGUCAGUGGUGAAGUCGUUCAAGAGAAGUGAAGUGAUGGAGCGAGAGGCGAAGCUGUACGAGCAAGUUCUGUUCGAGAUCCCCGUGCUCAAUGACACGGACGUCGACACUGAGGUGCAGGUGACGCUGUCCAACUUCAAGGAUUCCAUGCACGAAGACCUGUCGAGCUCCAAGAACAGAGGGCAGAAGGUGCGGCGAGGGAAGGGAGGCGACAUGGUCACGUCCUCCGCUCUGCUGCCGGAGCGAACCUUCUGGCUGAGGAACGGGCAGGACAAGCUCAAGGUGAAGAGGAAUUCAUCCAUCAACGCCAAGGUCCUCUUCCUCCCCAUGCGCCUCUCCUCGCAGUCGUGCCUGGUGUUCGUCAAGGACGCGGAGGAGCGGGAGGUCUGCUACGAGCUCCGCGUGCGCGCGCUGCUGCCGAGCACGACGGAGUCGUACAAGUUCACGAACCCUAUGAAGAGCGUAAUCCUCAAGGAGAUCUCCCUCACCACGAGGAACGCGAGCGUCGACAAGUGCAGGGCACUGAUCAUGGACAUGCUGGGCCAGCAGGGGGUGGACUACAAGGUCGAGUAUCUGUCCAGCUUCUUCUCGGGCCCCAGCCAGCUCUCCCUCGUCGGCUCCGGGUCAGCCCGGGUGACGGCGGCAGCCAAGGACGGGAAGGGGGCGGGGGACGGGAACAAGCUUGCUCUAGAGCUGCGGCCGCAGGGCCCCGGGAGGUAUGAGGGGAAGGUGAUCCUGCGAUCAGCUCUGGACGUGCGGGUGAUCGAGGUGGAGGCGGUGGUGAGCGUUCCGAGCAACCUUGUCGAGCUGACUUUCAGCUGCCCUGCCCGCCAGUCGAUCACGCAGGAGAUCCCGAUCAUCAACUACACGGAGACGCCCUGGAGCGUCGAGGCGAAGCUCUCGGGCUCCUACUUCUCUGGCUCCAGGGAGCUGACGGUCCCUGCUGCCGCUUCCAGCAAGGAGCCAGGACGAGCGACGUUUGCGCUCACGUUCUCGCCGCGAUGGAUCUGCUCUGUUGAGGGAGAGCUGGUGCUGCACAACCAUACCAUUGACGACUCGUACAAGUACCAGCUGACGGGGGUGGGGGAGGACCCGGUAGCUGAGGACCACCUGGUGGUGGACUGCAAGGCGAGAUGGAGGAGGACGCUGUCGAUCCCGGUGAGGAACCUGCUGGAGGGGAAGAACUGCAACUACAAGGUUGAGUGCGACCUGAUGGGAGUUAGCGGGGCCAGUCAGUUCCUGGUGCCCAGCAAGAGCGUCAAGAGCUACGAGCUGUUCGUCCUCAUGCCGCGAGGAGGGACGUUCAAGGGCAGCAUCACCUUCACCGCCCCCAACAACGAGUACGUCUGGUUCACCCUAGAGGUCAACGCCAACAACCCUCCUCCCGAGCAGACGCUCGAGCUGAGGACGAGAGCUCGCACGGCCGUCGCUGCUGACAUCCCCAUCGUCAACCCGACGCCCGAGGAGGUCACCUUCGACGUCCUCCUCAACGGCGAGGGGCUCCUCGGUCAGCCCAGCGUCACGCUCGCGCCCUCGGGCACGACCACAUACGAGCUAAUCUACUCGCCGCUGAUCGCCGGGGGGAGACAGGGAAGCCUGACGUUCAUCAACGACGAGAUGGGAGAGUUCUGGUACGAGAUCAAGCUGAUGGCUGGCGAGCCCGAGGUCAUGGACGUCCCUUCCUUCUCCUGCAGCCUCGGAAGGUCCAUCGACACCCAAGUCUCGAUCGAGAACCCUUUGCCUGAUGACGUCAUGCUCCUCGUCGACAACUCCAACCCCGUCAACUUCACCGUCACCAACCUCGACAGGGAGGAGGAGCGCGCGUACCUGAUCCCAGCCUUCUCCUCCUCCUCCUUCCUCAUCGCCUACACGCCCGCGGCUCUCGGCGAGGAGGAGAGGGGUCGGAUCACCUUCUCGCAUCCUCAGGCUGGCAAGUGGGAGUUUGCGGUGUCGGGGACGGGAGGGCCGCCGGAGAUGUUUGCAGCGGUGGAGGUGAGCGCAGCGGUGGGAGAGAUGAGCAGCAACGUGGUUACGUUCAAGAACCCGCUGAAGAGAGACCUGGUGGUCAAUGUGUCGUUGAGGGGCGAGGAGGAGGAGGAGGAGGGAGGAUGCUUCUCGCUCGUCGGCUCGAGGUCGACCAACCUGCAUGUCCCGUCGCUGAAGUCUAUCGACAUACCCUUCACCUUCUUCCCCAAGAAGAUGACGGAGCAUCGCUGCGUCCUCCGCCUUUCUUGCCAGGACCUCGACCUCAGCUUCGAUUUCCCCAUCCAUGGCACUGCCGAAUCUCCGGAGACCACCAGCCUCGGGAGGUUCGCGUGCAGGUCAAGGGAGCGGCUGGUGAAGGAGAUCGUGGUGGAGCUGGAGGGAGCAGGGGAGGCAGUCUCGUCGGAGGACGUCAGCUUCGAGCUGCUGCUGCCUGACGAGCACCAGUCCCUCCUCCGCAAGGCCCUCCGCUUCACUCGCGACCAGACCGUCGCCGACCCCAGCAAGUGUCACUUCACCAUGGUGUUCGAGCCCCUGAAGCCCAUCCAAGCUAAGGUGCAGCUGCGAGUGACUCGGCCCUCGGGAGGACGUUGGCUCUACGACCUUGACGUCGUGGCGGAGCAGGCGGAGGUGGACGAUGAGAUCAUGAUGGAGGGCUCACUCAACCGAGUCAACACCGUGUCCUUCAAGAUGACGAACCAGUUCGACGAGCCCGCCUCCUUCCACGCCUUCUUCUCCCUCGACUCCUCCCCUGAGUUCCAAGUCUCUCCCUCCCAGGGCAUGCUGAGCCCCUACGGCUCUGAAGGCACGACCUUCCUCCUCUCCUUCUCCCCCAAGACCUACGGCCGCUCCUACCGCGCCCUCCUCAUCAUCGAGACGGACGAGAUGCAGUGGACAUACCGGGUGGUGGGUGAGCCCCCCAAGUACCGUCCUCCCAAGCCCAAGGCCAGCGGGUUCAAGACGAGGAUCUCGCCCGAGCUUGACCCCGACGUGUACAAGGGUCGCCUCCCUCCUACCAACUACAUGCGGGACAACGCGGCAGCGGUCAGGCAGGCAGGCAAGCAGGGGGCGAGAGAAGGAGAGUAA